AACUACCACGUGGACUCGUUCCUGUUGGGCGCCGACGCCACCGACGAGCUGAGCGCUGGCCUCUACGCGCCGCCGGGGGCCCUGGGCCAGCCCCCGCGGCAGGCGGCCGCACUGGCCGAGCACCCCGACUUCAGUCCGUGCAGCUUCCAGCCCAAAGCGGCUGUGUUCGGUGCCUCCUAGCCGGUGCACGCGGCGGCGGGCGCCAGCGCGGUGCCUGCGGCCGUGUACCACCAUCACCACCACCCACCACCACCCUACGCGCACCCCCAGGCGCCCGUGGCGGCGGCGGCGCCGGACGGCAGGUACAUGCGUUCCUGGCUGGAGCCCGCGCGCGCGCUCUCCUUCGCGGGCUUGCCCUCCAGCCGGUCUUACGGCAUUAAACCUGAACCGCUGUCGGCCAGAAGGGGUGACUGUCCCACGCUUGACACGCACACUCUGUCCCUGACUGACUAUGCUUGUGGUUCUCCUCCAGUUGAUAGAGAAAAACAACCCAGCGAAGGCGCCUUCUCGAAAAACAAUGAGAAUGAGAGCAGCGGAGACAAGCCCCCCAUCGACCCCAAUAACCCCGCGGCCAACUGGCUGCACGCGCGCUCCACGCGGAAGAAGCGCUGUCCGUACACCAAGCACCAGACGCUGGAGCUGGAGAAAGAGUUCCUGUUCAACAUGUACCUCACCAGGGACCGCAGGUACGAGGUGGCCCGGCUGCUCAACCUCACCGAGAGACAGGUCAAUUGGUUCCAAAACCGCAGGAUGAAGAUGAAGAAGAUUAACAAGGACCGAGCGAAAGAUGAGUGA